GACAGGCUCAGAGUCACCAUCAUCACCCUCAGCUGACAGGAUGUUCAUGCAUUUGGAGGUUUUUUAUUACAUUUUCAUUCUCCUGACUCACAUGAGGUCGUACUGCUGCUGGUCAGUGAAUAAUUUCUUGAUGACUGGACCCAAGGCAUACCUGAUCUACUCCAGCAGUGUGGCAGCAGGAGCACAGAGUGGUAUUGAGGAGUGCAAAUACCAGUUUGCAUGGGACCGCUGGAACUGCCCUGAGCGAGCUCUGCAGCUGUCCACGCACAGCAGCCUCCGCAGCGCAAAUCGGGAGACAGCAUUCGUCCAUGCCAUCAGCUCCGCUGGAGUCAUGUACACUUUAACCAGGAACUGCAGUCUUGGAGACUUUGACAACUGCGGCUGUGAUGACAGCAGGAAUGGACAGCGGGGUGGUCACGGCUGGCUCUGGGGCGGCUGCAGUGACAAUGUUGGCUUUGGCGAGGCCAUCUCCAAACAGUUUGUGGAUGCCUUGGAGACUGGGCAGGAUGCACGGGCGGCUAUGAAUCUCCAUAAUAACGAGGCUGGACGCAAGGCUGUGAAGGGGACCAUGCAGAAAACAUGUAAGUGCCACGGGGUAUCAGGAAGCUGCACCACUCAGACCUGCUGGCUGCAGCUGCCAGAUUUCAGGGAGGUGGGGAACUAUUUGAAGGAGAAGUACCACAGGGCUCUGAAGGUGGAUCUCCUCCGAGGAGCCGGGAACAGCGCUGCCAGCAGGGGGGCCAUCGCCGAGACCUUUAGCUCCAUCUCUCGCAAGGAGCUGGUACACCUCGAAGACUCCCCCGAUUACUGCCUGGAAAACCGCACGCUGGGCUUGCCGGGCACAGAGGGCCGCGAGUGCCUUAAGAAGGGCAAGAACUUGACCAAAUGGGAGAAGCGGAGCUGCAAGAGGCUUUGCGGGGAGUGCGGGCUGGCUGUGGAGGAGCGCAAAGCUGAGAUGGUGUCGAGCUGUAAUUGUAAAUUCCACUGGUGCUGCGCGGUCAAGUGUGAGCAGUGCAGGAAGACAGUGACCAAGUACUUUUGUGUAAAGAGAGGAGGCCAGAGGGGAAGGAACGAAAGUGCCAGUAGUCGCCGGAAGAACCUCAGACUGAGGAAGAAGCACUGAGUAUCUUCAUCACUUCUCCCCUGUUGUCAUCAUAUCUGUACCGCUGCAGCUCCGGUCAGCACUCAGACUCUCUGUGCUUUUUCAAAUAGACAGAAACUUAGCAAAAAUGCAACUUCAGCGUUUUCAUUGUCAAUUUUGUAUUAGGAAGUUAAUUGUGUGAUGUGCACAAAGCCACAAGAAAGAGAACAUGGGGGGGGCUUACAACUUUGUAGAUUUUUUUGGUAUAAAUGUAUUUAAGAUAUAUUUUUAUACUUUUUACAACAUUUUGAAAAGUCACUGGGCAUUUGAAUAGUAUUUUCUCUGACUUACACAUUCUCCAACAAGAUUUAUUUAUUUUUUUAGUUAGUUUUUGAGCGAUAGA